AUGUAAUUUAUAAAAAAUUUAGUUAAUAAGUCUCCAGAUCAAUUAAUUUCGAUUGAAGGGAAAGUUAUUGCCAUAGAACACUAAAAAUGGAACUAAAUUAAUUUAAUCAUAAUAACAAUAUCAAUUGAGAAAGACUAAUUUAAGUUAUAUGGUUUCAUAUAAAUACAAAAAAUGGAUCUAUAGAUAGGGUUUAAAUAUGAAUUUACAAAAGUGCAAGUAGGUAGUUUGAAUAAUCAAUUUUGUGGCUUACUUACUACUUUAUCUAGGAUUUAUUGCGAUAGACAAGACAUUUUAGAAAUAGAAAAGAAUAAAUCGGUAAUAUUUGAUAAAAAUCCGAAAUAAUAAAUUGAAAUAGAAAAAUCUGAUAAAUAUAUCACAAACCCUUUUAUUAUCUAUUUAAAUGAUUAUUUUUCUUAAGAAGAAUUUAAAUUAGAGGGAACUAUGCUAUGUAAAAUCAAAUAAAAAUUACUUAAUUUAAAAAUAUGCACUUUAGUAGGUUAUAUAUACAAAAUUAAUACAGAUCAAAAAAAGAUAUUAAAUUUAGGUAUUAUUGAUGAUGUUACACAUUCACCUUGUGAGAUUGAUUUAUAAUAUAAUAAUUAAUCACAAAUAGCUAAUUAUGUAUUAGGCUAAAAAAUUAGUUUUACAAACUUAUAGAAAUAGAAUAGAGUAAUCUAAAAUUCAUUUAAAGGUUUUAUAGAAGAUUAGAAAAUAGUGCAAUACGAUUUAAUAACAAUGGAAAAUUAAUAAAUUACUUUAUUCUCUUUAUUAAGAAGAUUAAAAACCUUUAAUAUUUUGCCAUAUUCUUAAUUGAAUGAUAUAAAACCAUACACUAUAGAUAGAAAAUUAAGAAAAUAUAAAGUGGAUACAGUUAAAAUCUAUUCAAUACUUUUUUAAUAUACAUGUCCUAUUUGCAAAGGUUGUGUGAAAUGGCGAUAAGAUAAUGAAAUAUAUCAAUGUGAAAGUUGUUUAACUUUGGUUGAAUAUAAUGAGAUUACUUGGGAAAUUUUGGCUUUGGUUUAAAUAAGAAUAGGUACUCAAAUGGCCUUAUUAAAAUUGAGGGAUCGACUUGUAUUAGAAUUUUUUGACAUAUCUCCAUUAUAUGAAUAAUUCAUGUAGAAAUAUAGUUUAACUACAAGUAUUUGCUUCUUAAUAAUUAGAUUAUAAUUCUCUGAAAUAAGAAUAAAUAGAGGAUGAUGAAAAACUAAAGUAUCUUUAUGAUGCUUGUUAUAAUUCAUUUAUUUCAAAGGAAAUAUUAGGUUAAGCUUAUUGUGAUUUAAUUAAGACAACUAAGACUAAGUAUAAAUGAUAUAAAAUAAUUUUAGAGAAAAGUGGAAAUAGAUAAAUAAAUUAAAAAAGUAGGAGUUAUUGAAAAUAGAUAUAGAUUUUGAAUACAAAUUUAUAGAUUAUUAAGUUUGGAUUGAAAAAAAUGAUUAUGAAAAAUUAAUAAUAUAUCCUAAUGGUGCUUAUGAAUAAGUUUUAAAAAAUAACAAAUCAGAAAAAUGGUAUGAAAAUCGAGUAUUACUACCUUUGAUAUGUUUAGAGUGUUUUGGAGUAUAAAACAUCAGUAUCAAUAAUUAUAAAUAAUACAUAGCAUCUGCUAUAUAAUGA